AUGUCGCUGGAACCGGGACGAUUGGAUAAUUCGCCAUUGAGCUCUGGCCGGUCGUCGCCAGCGCCAAGGUGGACCAAUGAAUAUGAUGAUAGCCUCAUUCAAAGGGAUCCAAGAUCGUUCAAAAAAUAUGCUGCUGGUGUCGAAAGAGCGCUGGCACUUUUCGAGAAUACCCUACAGGAAUGGGCCGACUAUAUCUCAUUCCUUGGAAGGCUCCACAAAGCAAUUCAAGCAAACCAUGGGAUUGCCGUCAUACCCUCGAAGUCCAUUGUAUCGAAGCGUCUCGCACAAUGCCUCAACUCACGGCUGCCUUCUGGGGUCCACCAAAAGUCACUUGAAGUUUAUUCUAGUGUCUUCUCUAUAAUCGGACAAGAAGGCUUAGCUCGGGACCUUGCAACAUGGACGCCAGGACUUGCUCCAUUACUCUCGUACGCUGCUAUAAGUGUGAAGCCGUACUUGCUUACGGUAUUCGAAACAUAUUACCUACCCCUCGGGAAAUCUUUACGACCAGCCCUUCGAAGUCUUAUUCUAUCGAUUCUUCCUGGAAUCGACGAGGAAGGAAGUGAGUUCUUCGAUAGAACUUUUGCCCUGCUAGAGUCAAUUCGAACGAACAUCGACGAAGACGCAUACUUUUGGCAAUGUUUCCUUCUCGCAUCAAUGUCGUCUCCGGGACGGAGGCAGGGCGCACUAGCCUAUCUUUCAAGGAAGUUGCCGAAGUUGGGCGAUGAAGAUGCUCUACAAUCACCAUUAGUAACGCCUGAACCGGGCCUUCUCAUCAGGUGCUUCGCAACCGGGCUUCUAGAUAGCCAAUUGCUUGUACAGCGUGGAUUUCUGGAUGUAUUGGUUCAAUGUCUGCCAUUAUCGUCCCCCAUUCUUCAAAAGCUAGUUACACCUAAAGAUCUCGAGAAGCUCCUUGUUUCGGCCUGCAGAGUUGUACUCAGAAGGGAUAUGUCCCUCAAUAGAAGAUUAUGGGUGUGGCUUUUAGGACCGGAGCAACCGGAAGCUAUAGCAUCCCCCAUUAAUGCAGGCGCUGACACAAAUUCGUACUUCGGUCGAUACGGUCUCAAAAGCCUCUGCGCAGGACUCACUGAACGGAUUUUGGUACACAAAUCUGAUCCAGCAGAGGUGGCAAGGCCGUAUAGAAUAUUGCUCUCUUUGAUGGACCGGUGGGAAAUCGGCGGCUCAGUUGUUCCGAAACUUUUCUUCCCGGCGAUGCAAUCGGCGCAACAUUAUGAAAAGCUUGCCCCAUCACCGGAAAAGUAUCAUGAGGUUUUGAGAUCAGCCGCCCAAUUUUUUGAUGGCGUUGAGCCUGGAUUGGUGUGGUCUGAACUCCUAGAAAUGUUGCUUACCUCUCUAGGGUCAAAGUACUACCCUUUGCUACAAAAUGAGGCUGCAGCUGAAAGGCUCACUGUUGCAAGAUAUGUUCUCAAGACUUUCAACGUACGUGAAGAGGAGAUGGUCAUCAUAUACGCGCCGUUGGUUCUGCUGGCCAUCAUUGCGGAAGCAAAGAAAACCGAAAACCCGCUGACUAAAGGAAAUCAACUGAUCUGGGGAGUGGCAAGCGACCUCAUAGAUUUAAUCCCUGAGAGCGCUUUUACUUCAAUCAUGAUCAAGGAUGAGUUCAGUGUUGAUCUAGAUGCAGAAGCGAUCCUUAAUAAAGUGACGAAUUUCUUUUCUUUGGAUUCGAGAAAAAGAGCAGCGUUUCCACCUUUUUCGACAAGGCUUGGGGGCCAUCUCAUCUUACGCCAAUUUGCUGAAUUAACUUCAGAAUCUCUGCAAAACAACGAGCCAAAUGUCCCAUCUGCCACGAGAUUUCUUGUAAAGGUCUUGAAAAAGGUUUCAUUUGACGAGACCUUUAACCCUCAAAACCUCCUUGAUAGUAUCCGAGUGAUUCUAGAAAAUACCAAAGCUGGUUUUUGGAGCAUUGCUGGUGCGGCUAAUCUAUUGGCGGUAUUAGUGGAGAAGGGGUACGCCAACGGGUUUGCCACGAAGCAUCUUAUCAUCCCAUUUGUUACAGCUUUUUGGGCUGAAUUGUCCCCAGACACACCAAAGCACCAUGUCGAAGCUGCGCGUGGAAUUUGGACUUUACAGGCGUCCUUCAAAGACCAAAGAAUUGAGGCCGCCAUUUGUAGUCUUAUGGUCGAGCCAGGCAUUCAAUCUUCAGCCGCCCCUGGACGCCGUUUUGCUGUCCUGUGGAACCAUAGCCAUAGUUUUUUCGACUACAAAACGGUACUCUCGAGGCCGUUGUUUCUUCUGCUGGAUGCUCUCGGUGAGGAUGACGAGGAACGGAACGUACACACUCGUGGAUGGUUACAAAACCUUUCGUCCACGGAACGACUAUUCGAUAUCAUUCUUUCCAAGAUUCUUCAGUUCCCAUUCCUCGGCCUGCCUCCGCCAGCUGGUGUCAAAGUUGCUGCAAAGGAUCAGGGUAUCACGGAUGACACGGAUAUCGAAACCUGCAUCUACUAUUUCCAAACAUUAAACAAUGUUUUACGAUUUUCGACCGAAGCAGUCCUCCAGUCUUUGGGUGAAGACCAUCUCACUACGUUUGCGUGGCUUCAUGAAUAUCUUGAUGAUGCAAUUACGGAGGAAAAUAUUACUUUACAAACUGUUCUCGCAGAGUUAUCAUACCUUGCGAUAACGAGGUAUGCGCCGGAUGAAUCUGAGAAGUCUGUGGUUAGAUCGGUUACCCGGCUACACCGAUCUGCCCUAUCUGUUCUUCACCAGUUGCUUCUGAGUCCUUAUUCUACACCGCUAGCAGACCUAGAGUUCGAAAUCAAGUUAGUGAAGCGGCUCCAGGGCGCCCUGAGAGAAGAUGAUACUUUCGUUCAGGUCGCAAUACUUGAUGUUUUGUUUGCAUCAUUAAAGUUGAGCCUGCGGCGGGCGGAUUCACAACUUUCUUUGCUUUCACAAUUAAAACUGCCGCCCUCUCGAGAUGGGAAAGGUAGUUUGCGGAUAUCAAGUGCAGCAGAGAUGGAAAAGGAAGCGGCAAUGGCGCAGCCAACGCCCCCUCAUGACCUUAUCCAGGUUCUAAUCGAUGGGCUAUCAUCUGCCACAACCAGGCCAGUUCUUGAUAGUUGGAUUAAUUUUCUUACGGAGUGUUUGCCGCUACUUUCCCCGGUUAUCUUCCAGGUCCUACUACCCCUAGUGGAGUGCAUCUGCAAGCAAGUUCGACAAACCUUCGAGAUUCUAAAACAACAGUUCCGUGAUUCGGAUUCCGCUAUCAAUACUCCAGAAGCGACUUUAGUGGCCAUGUUAAAUGGACUAGAGCACCUUAUAGCCGCAGCGCAUGAUCAAAUCAUGGUGGCGGAAGUACGAUCCGCAAUACCCAAGACCCCACACGAGACAGCUGGAUUUUUCGGCAACAUGGUAUCGGGAGUAUUCGCUGGCGAGGCCCCUGUUGUAAAAAGCGCAAAAGCCAAUAACCGACUUACUGUCCUCCUUUGUUUCCAAGAUACCGUUCGUAUCUGUUAUUCUAUCUGGUCUUGGGGAGACCCUAGUGCCGGGUUCACAAGCGUGGACAGUUGUUCUGCUUCUUAUGCAUACACAUCAUCCAGAAUGAGGGCCAGGGCGAGACGGAUACUAGAACACCUGUACCAAGUCGAGACACUCGAAUGCUUAGAAACAUUCAUGGAAAUGUGGAAGUCUAGUCCCUUAGGGAACAUCUCCAUUUUCAAGCUAAUCAAUGUUCUGGAUGCCUCAAGACCGAAACAUACAAUUGGAGCAAUCUUCAAUAGUAUAUUUAGCCGGACAAAUGCUGCAGUACUUGAACAAAAUCGUCGAUCAUCUUUAACAUCAGAACUAACGGACCUUGACGUUGCGGCGUUUCUGGUUGACUAUGUCAAGUCUUUGGAAGACGAUGCGAUGGAAGAAAUUUGGUCGGAUUGCUUACUUUUCUUAUCUGAUGUCCUGAAGAACCCAUUCCCGCAUCGUCAGACAAUACCAUUGCUUCUCCAUUUCACAGCAAUCGUUGGUGAGAAAGUGGAUAACACAAUAUUCGGAGAGCAGAAAAAGAUGCGAAAGGACCUUGGGGAUGUUUUCAUACGGAUCCUGGGAACGGUGUUUAACCUUAGACCAGCUGGUGGGAUUUUGCCUGAUAUAACGAUUUCAGGGGAUAGACGGCCUUCAGAAGUCGAGCCAGCUGCUGACGACAUAACUGUGAUCCUCAAUAACAUGGUUCCGAAGCUCCGAAAAAUCUUGGUAGAGCAAGAUCGAACCUUUGGAGCGGUAACAACGAUCAUUACUUCCUAUGUUGCCCCAGCUCUUCGAUCAAAAGCUUUCCCGACCGCCCUUCCCAAACCUCUGCUUGAGACAAUAUAUCACAUCACCAAAAUCCCAAGUACACAGAAAUUGUGGAGAAAAGAAGUUUCAGACGCCUUCAAUGAUAACAGAUUCUUUACGGCUAGUGUCUCUAGUGUAAGGAAUUACUGGAAACCACUAAUAAAACAAUGGGUCAUCAGCGACAAAGAACGGAUGCUCGAUUUAUUUGCAAAAAUCACACCUCCAGCAACUGCUGGUGUCUUUGGCGUUGGGGCUUCAAGCGCUCGGGCAGAAGCCGAUAAGAGGAUAGGACUGGUCCUGAGACGUAUGGCCAUGCUGCUUCUAGCUGGAGAAAAGGAUUACUUUGCAAUAUAUUUGCAAGAAUUUGAAGGGAAAAUUUUGGAGGUUUUAAGCGCAAAUGCAAUCACCAGCCCUAGCGCAGCAACUCGUUGCGAGGUGUACCUCUUUCUACGGGCCUUAGUAUUAAGGACAGAUAGUAUUCAUCUUACUAGCUUCUGGCCGAUCAUUGUUUCGGAAUUGCAAAGUCUGCUGAUGUCUUUGAGUAGUACCGGGAUGCCAAAGGAAGGGGCCCAGGAGACAUAUACAGAUGGUAGUCUACUAGAGGGAUGCAAACUUCUUGAUACGCUUCUAGUUGUCCAGCCGGACGAGUGGCAACUAAACGAAUGGUUGUUUAUUACGGAUACCGUCGAGGCAGUUUACAAACCAGACUAUACCGUCGACGUUCCAUCGAUCGCCUUGGCUGACUAUGUCAGUAGGGAGCUCACUGAAAGCAAAACAAGGGCUAAGAGGAGCGAUAGCGUUGAUACUAUGGCUGGUGAAGCUAAUACUUCGAGACGGUUGAUGAUCAAGGAAAGGGAUCUGGCCCUGAUACAACCAAACGGUGGUAGUAAUGGAGAGGUUAAGAAGGUCGUCACCCGGUUUUUGAGAUAUUUGAGCAUUUGGAAUUUCGAGAAUACCUAUGGAAUGGGGAAGGUGGACGAGGAAGCUAUAGAGGAAGCCAUUUUGGCUGACUUGUUUGAUGAGGUAUAG